GUGCCCUGGCUGGUCGAUGCUGCUCGAGCCGCAGCCCGCCUUCGAGAGCCUUGAGCCGGUUCCGCUGCAGUGAGUUCAGGAGAGUCUGAGCGAGUCAGCGUCCUCUUUUUAAGACGAACGGUUCUUCGAAAGGUCCUGAAAGAAGAAGUUGGACGAAUAACGACAUCAGAUGUUAUUUCACUUUGCAUUAGUUCACAGCGAGAGUAAAAGUAAACCUUUAAGGUCCUUCACCCGAGGUGGCCGCAGUAUUAACUGAUGAGGAGGUAGCAGAGACCUUUUUAUUAAUUCAAGCCAAGUGAAUGAAAGUAAAACAUCUCAGUCCUUCAACUGAGAUUACCUGAUUUUCUUCUUGGGUCGCCCACUUUUUCCAAUAAUCAUGGCAGCACAAAGGAAGUCACCUGAUCAGAAAAGACCCCGGAGAAGCUUAUCUACCAGCAAAACUACAAACAGCCAAUCUCAUUCGAUUACUUCAUAUUUUAACAGUGCACCACCUGCUAAACUUGCAUGUUCAAUUUGUCAUAAAAUGGUUCCCAGGUAUGAUCUUAUCCGGCACCUUGAUGAGUCUUGUGCUAACAACCGUGAUGUGGUUCAAGUUGAGCCUGCUCAGGCUGGAUUAAUGAGACCAGUUGUGCCUACGUCAGAUUUACCCAGUAUUCCUUUAGAAGACGUGACACCUCAGAAAUUAUCACCACCAAAGAGAAGUUUAGUCCCUGUCCAAUGUGGUUCAAAACUGGGCAUACAACAGCAGACCAGUCCCUACUUUAAAGAUGCCUUGGUGUGCAAAAAUCAAAAUGAGCUUCCAAAUCAAAAUGUGGAAACUAUGCCUUUGGGAAGUCUGUCUUCGAAACUGUCCAGAAGAUAUGUAAAAGCUAAAAAAUCCCUCGCUAAGGAUGAGGGCCUGGCCAGUGAUUGCCCACAGACUUCUCCGUCCACACCUGGCAACAGCCUGGUUGAUAACCGUCCAGACAUGGAAGACAAAGAUGAGAUUUUGAGCAGUUCCCAAAAGGAAAACAUGUAUUCCUGUGCACCUCUAAAGGAAGAGAAUGCCUCAGAACAGAAGGUAAAGAGAAGUAAAAUGAUGCUAGAUGAAAGCCAGAAAGCUUCCUGCGGAGAGCCAGCCCUCACUCCUGCAUCCUCGGAGCAUGCUUCCUCAGAUUUAACUCUCCUCAGUAACAUGAAAUCCUCUUCAGGAGACACUCUGGUAAAGCAAAAAGGUGCCGGAACGCUGGAUGUAGGCCUUGCUGAGCAUCUUGAGUCGUGCAGUCACGAAGAAGUACAAACGACUGUUGGCACUGAGGUCAAAACACUGGUGUCGGGGGAGGCAGAGUCAAACGGCACUACCCAUGACGUGUCUACAUGCAGUAACAACCCAGAGCUUCUUAGGAAAGCUGGCAGUGUCUUACAGGGACAAAGGCCUUGCAGCCCUGUGGAGCAGGGUUCCAGCUGUGGUGCUCCCAGUGAGACAGCUCAACCCCCACUGAGUCACCCCUACUACCUGAGGAGCUUCCUGGUGGUGCUGCAGGCCAUCCUGGAGAACGAAGAGGACAUGAAGCUCUUCGAUGAUGAGGAGAAGGGGAUUAUAACUAAGUUUUACCGGCUGUCAGCUAGUGGUCAAAAAUUGUAUGUGAGACUCUUUCAACGUAAAUUAACCUGGAUUAAGAUGAGUAAACUGGAGUAUGAAGAGAUUGCCUCUGACUUAACCCCUGUGGUUGAAGAAUUGAGGGACUCGGGCUUCCUAGAGACAGAAUCUGAGUUGCAAGAACUCUCUGAUGUACUUGAACUCCUUUCUGCCCCUGAGCUGAAAGCCCUGGGCAAAACCUUCUACCUGGUGAGCCCCGGUGGGCAGAAGCAGCAGCUGGUAGAUGCCUUUCUCAAGCUGGCCAGACAGCGCCCAGUCUGCACUUGGGGCAAGGCUCAGCCCGGAAUCAGAGCAGUGAUUUUAAAAAGAGCUAAAGACUUGGCUGGCCGGUCCCUGCGCGUCUGUAAAGGCCCUAGGGCUGUGUUUUCCCGAAUCUUGCUUCUCUUCUCGUUGACUGAUUCCAUGGAAGACGAAGAAGCUGCUUGUGGGGGUCAAGGUCAGCUGUCUACUGUGCUGUUGGUCAAUCUGGGCCGAAUGGCGUUUCCUCAGUACACCGUCAGCCGGAAGACCCAGAUCUUCAGGGACAGAGAGGAUCUCAUCAGAUACGCAGCAGCCGCACACAUGCUGAGUGACAUCUCAGCUGCCAUGGCCAGUGGGAACUGGGAAGAAGCUAAGGAGCUUUCUCAGAGUGCAAAACGCGACUGGGACCAACUGAAAGGCCACCCUUCCCUCAGACACCACGAGGGCCUGCCACUCUUCCUGCGCUGCUUUACCGUCGGGUGGAUUUACACAAGGAUUUCCUCUCGGGCUGUUGAAGUACUCGAGAGACUUCACAUGUACGAGGAAGCUGUCGAGGAACUUGAAAACCUCUUGUCUCAGAAAAUCUAUUGUCCUGACAGCAGAGGCCGCUGGUGGGAUCGCCUGGCCCUGAACCUGCACCAGCACCUGAAGCGCCUGGAAGAGGCAAUUCGGUGCAUCCGGGAAGGCCUGGCGGAUCCCCAUGUGCGGACAGGACACCGACUUUCUCUCUAUCAGCGAGCUGUGCGCCUGCGUGAGUCUCCGAGCUGCAAAAAGUACAAGCACCUCUUGAGGCAGCUGCCGGAAGUUGCGGUGGGGGACGUUAAGCACGUGACCAUCACGGGCAGGCUGUGCCCGCAGCAUGGCAUGGGCAAGUCUGUGUUUGUCAUUGAGGGUGGAGACACCACCAACCCCACCACAGUCCUCUGCUCUGUGGAGGAGCUAGCGCUGGAUUACUACAGGCAGAGUGGCUUUGACCAAGGGAUUCAUGGAGAAGGAUCCACCUUCAGCACCCUGUGUGGCCUCCUGCUGUGGGAUAUCAUCUUCAUGGAUGGAAUACCAGAUGUCUUCAGAAAUGCCUACCAGGCGUCCCCACUGGAUUUGCUCACAGACAGCUUCUUCUCAAGCAGGGAGCAGGCCCUGGAAGCCAGGCUGCAGCUGAUCCACAGCGCCCCUGCUGAGAGCCUGCGGGCCUGGGUGACAGAAGCUUGGCAGGCCCAGCAAGGCAGAGUGGCUUCUCUGGUCAGCUGGGACCGCUUCACUUCCCUGCAGCAAGUGCAGGAUCUUGUCUCCUGCCUUGGGGGUGCUGUCCUCAGUGGUGUGUGCAGGCGCCUGGCCGCUGACUUCCGGCACUGCCGAGGGGGCCUCCCUGACUUGGUAGUGUGGAAUUCUCAGAGCCACCAUUGCAAGCUGGUGGAAGUUAAAGGCCCCAGUGAUCGCCUUUCAUGUAAGCAGAUGAUCUGGCUGGAUGAACUACAGAAGCUGGGGGCGGAUGUAGAGGUGUGCCACGUGGUCGCCGUUGGUGCUAAGAGCAAAGGUCUUGGCUGAAAGAUGUCACACUGGGGACAUCUGGCCAUCCACUGUGACAAGAUCCUCAAGUGGAUAAAAAUGUCACACUGGGGGACAUCUGGCCAUCUACUGAGACAAGAUGGUCAAUCUGAUAAAAGAUGUCACACUGGGGACAUCUGUCCAUCCACUGGGACAAGAUCGUCAAUCUGAUAAAAGAUGUCACACUGGGGACAUCUGGACAUCUGCUGGGACAAGAUUGUCAAGAGGAUAAAGCUGUUUGCAUUGUCUCCACUUUGAUUUGUUCUGACACCUGAGAUCGAAAUGACUCGUCCUUGUACAGUUUCUAUGUGUCACAAAACUUGACCUCUGCUGGCGGACACUGGACCCACUGUGGGUGGGUGGGUGGACUAUUGGAAAUGUAGGAGUCUUCAUGGAUGCUGAAGGAGCUGAAUGCUUCCCUGUUGUUAAGCUUUAAAAAGAAAAAAAAAAAAAACCAGAGGGAAAAUGAACGUGAUGAACUUAGUUGAUACUUUAUAUGUAUUUAAAGAGUUACAAAUAUUUCUCUACUAAAUGCACUGGCAAUUGCAAUCCCUGAUUUGGGGUUGUCUCCUAGUUAUCCAAGAAGGGCAGACCCCAAGGAACUUUGAUUUCCUUAGGGGGAAAGUAAAAACAACCAAACCCAGAUUCUUUAUUUAAAGGGAGGAAGGAUCCAGGGUAUUUCAGGUGAAGCAUCACCAUAUGUAUCAUGCUUCUAGCUUUUGAAUUAUCUAUGAUAAAGUCUGCCAAGAUGUUAGCAAACAGUGCCCUCCUGAGGUAUUCUGAUGUUGUCAAAAGUUGGUCUGGAACCUCACUCACUCUCACAGCUGACUGUGAGAUGGUUUACCUCAUCAAAGGAAACCGGAUUAUUCCGUUCCUGGAAGGGAAAUUGGCUAUCUGCUGGUUGCUCUUUCUCCCCUCACUUCACCUUGCUGAGCCCAGCCCAGCACUGACAGAGAGACCUGUGUGUGCUCUGCUGCCCAUAGGCCCAGGAGCAGCUUACCAGGUCACAUCAUGUAUUCAUAAACUGACCGGCAGGCAAUAUAUGACUUUUGUCUCCUGUGGUCACAAAGAAGCUUUGGGGGAGGAGGAAUCUAUGGAAAUAACCACUUACAGUACAAUACAUGGUAACAGUUACUAGAGGAAGGAGAAGGGGGGGCUUUGUUUAGAGAAUGAAAAUGUUUCUGCUAGUCAAUACACAUUAUGUAGCUGGGAAUGGUGGCUCACACCUGUAAUCCCAGCACUUGGGAGGCUGAGGCAGGAGGAUUAUCUUGAGUUUAAGGUCAGACCAGGCUACAAAGUGAGACUGGAGAGAGAGAGAGAGAGAGAGAGAGAGAGAGAGAGAGAGAGAGAGAGAGAAGGAAGAUGAAGUUCAUUACGAGUGCUCUUACCACUUCAUGUCCUGCAGAUCAAAUGGAUUAAUAAACACAGAGGUGUGAUGUCUCAGGGACACACAGGCGCUGGUUCCCAAGUAGGAGAGGACAGACUCUGAAAUUGACCUCUGUACUUGACCAUGGUAUGCACAUGCUCCUAAACACACAAUAAAUGAAAAUGUGUUUAAGACAUUA